UUAUACUUACCCAUUUGAUUUAAUUAAAUCUUUGCUCGUAAAAUUGUAUUGAGAAUUGUUAGUUUACGAAAAUGUAUUAUAGAAAUUGUUUCUUUUAUUUCAUUUUCGCUGUCAAUUACAACAUAAUCUGUGGGGACAUUUUAGCGUCAAACAAAACAGAAGCAAACAAGCCAAUUUUUAGAUCUCAAUUAGACGAAGGUACUUCUGAACCUCAAUGGUUAACUGGUCUUCGUCACAAAAUAAAUGAAGCUAUUAAUAGUUACGGCUACAAUGACGCGAAGCGAUACAUAUCAAAAUAUGUAGAUGAAAUAGAGAAAAAUGCAAAACUUUUGCUCCAUGUAAAAGUUAACCCCAAAGGGUUAGCCGGCGUUGAACAUAAGCCCAUAUUGAAAUCCGGGCUUUACGGAGACUACGAUUUUGCAGCGAAUAUAUACAAUAUAUUCAACGAUGCUGAUCCGGAAUGGUUAAGAGAUCUUAAAGAAAAUGUCAAAGUAUUAGUUAAUAUGCUGGGCAGGGAAGCAGCCUCCUAUAUACUAAUACCGAUCGUUUUAGCUACCGAAUAUAUGAACAGCGUCAAAAUAACUGACAUCGAUGUCGACCAAUCGGGUGAAGUGAUUGUGAACUACCACGAAGUAGAAGAAGCGAAUAUAUUAGGAACUACGAGCAGGGCACGCAAACAUAAAAAAAGAAAAUCAAGAUCAAAGAGAACAUAAUAACAAUGAGUGUAUUG